AUUGGUCUGUAGAAAUCUUGAGGCUUAUAAAAGGCAAUGCUGUCAGGCGCUUUAGUAUUAUUCCAUUAUUUAAGCUCGUAUGUUAAAAACUAAAUUAACUCUCUUAUUUGGCUUAAUUUGGACUUUCACAUUUCCAAUUGUGAAACAAAUUUAUAAUAAUUACUUUAAAAAAAAGUUUUUUAAAAUCUCAAGAAAAACUGAAAACUAAACAUUAUAACUCACAACUGUAAUACAAUAGUUCGUACGGUUUAAAUAGUUUUAAUGUUGAAGUGACGGAUUUUCUGUACAAAUAAAAAUUGCUUCAAAAGAGAAAUCUGCAGAAAUAAGAUAAAGAAUAAAUAUACCAAUCAAGUUGAGUUCACUCGUUGAAGACAUCGCAAUAAAUGGAGAAAGAGCUCUUCAAUGUCCUCUGUGUGACAGUUCUACUGCUCACUAACUACUGCAUGUCAACGCCUGCUCAUCAUUGCAUGGAGCCAUCGGAUGUGGAGUUGCUAGCACUUUACAAGACAUUGAGAGAAGGGAGGUUCGAUUCUUCUGCUGUCACUCAGAAACUCCAAGAGAAGAGCACCACCACGCACAUCAUCCCCAUUAACGGGAAAGCCACUUCCAAGCAGAACAUGGAACUAUGUCAGUGCAACACCAAAGACGAAAUCAACUUUGACCCCCUGAGAGUUCCUAAAGCCAUUCCUCAGUCAUCGUGUGACAAGAUGAAUCAACACAAGUUUCCCGCCAAGCCAGACAGCAACAGAACGUACCACGCGGAAUGUAAAGAUGUGCACCAUGAGAUGUUUGUCUACAGAAGAGGCAACUGUCACCAAAAUAUCUACCAAUACACUCUACAGAAAGAAAGAAUUAAAGUUGGCUGCUCUUGUUUCAUUAGACCAAACUUCGAUUCAUCCAACUAAAACAAAAAAAAAGGUGUAUGUUUCAUUUCUGUUUGUCUAAACGAUUGACCAAUAGUAAAUGCAUUUAUUGUUAAUUUAUGUAGAUAGUGGGACAAAUGUCAAUAUCAUUUUGUGGUCUUUUAUGAUUGGAUUAUUAGAACAACUAGUCAAAACAUGAUUAAGGUAAUUGAAUGAAAAGUAGACCUACCUAUCAUCAAAUACCUAUCAUAACUCAGUCAUAAUGUCACUUUAUGUGAUAAAUGCUCAGUCAUAACAUCAAUAAUCAUAUUUAUUAUAUGUCGUCACUCAUUUACAUAUAGCUCUAAUUAUGUGUAUGUUUUAAUGAAUUAAAAAAUUUAAUGCUUUUUUUUAUAUAUACAACCAACUGUUUUUUUUCAUUAAAGUCACUAACCUAAUUUACUAUAAUUGGGCUCCAUCUUAUGUCUGGUGAAUUUAACUUUUGAUUCCAACUCGGCAAGAUUUGUAAGAUAUUAGACUGAUGAGAUUUACAUGAUCUGAUUGAAUUGAAUUAAAAUGGUAAAAUUAUCUGCCCAAUAAAUCCCACGGUCUGAAAGGGGUACCUUUAAUAAUUGAAUUAAAAUGGUCACAUUACCUGCCCAAUAAAUCCCACGGUCUGAAAGUGGUAACUUUAAUUUUUGGAUUAAAAUUGCCACAUAGACUAGAUCUAUUCGAAUGGUUUAAAUGAAAAUAUUUUUAAUACUUAUUUUAGCAGCUUUUCAGAUAAAUUUCUGUGUUAUGGUUUGUUCUUGUACCUUUUCUACCAACCUGUUGUUUUCAAAAUCGUUUAACUCUAAAGUCUAUGACUAUUAGCAGAUGAUUUCGUCCAUCUCUGUCUGAGUCUCGAUCUUGUUCUCACUUGUAGCGUGUGUUACUUCAAUGUCACACUUUGUUAACACCAACUCAAUGCAUGCGAGUGUUCACUUAGUUGUAGGACAGUGUUGUUUCUUCUUUUAAGUCCACAGAGUUCUUAGGUUCAUUUUGGAGAUGGUACAGUUGACUUAAUGUUUUGUUACUUUUGACAUACAGCAUAAAUAAAUCAUUUGAUUAAGUCUUUUCAGAUACCAUCAUACACUUGCGAUUUGUUAUUUUAGAAUAAACAUCAUUGAUUGUAAGUCUUGUUACUUUAGAGAGCCUUUCAUUGACUUAUGUUGUUUUUGUUAAUUUUGAGAUACCAUCGUAGACUUAUGUUUUGUUAACUUAAUGUUGACAGUGUUGACUUAGUAUUAAUGUUUAGCAGUGGCAUAGCUAGGGUGGGGGGAGGAGGGGGAGAAUUUGAAAAUCCCCCCCUGGCCCCCACUUGACGGGGGCCCUCAAAUGAGUGUUUUUUUACAUUAAAAAUUAAAUAUUACGAAAAAAUGCAGGGGCCCCCAAAGAGAUCAAGCCCCCGGGCCUCCAAGCGAUGGAAAAUUCCUAGCUCCGUCCCUGAUGUUUAGCCGACUUUUAAAUUCAACAACGAUAAGACGUGCAUAAUACUACGAGUAUUGGCUCUGUAGGUUAUAUCUUUUAGUUAGUUUCAACUUGAUCAGCCAAUACUUGAAAUCUUUGUCAUUAAUCUUUCUUUAUUAUUUUUAAUUUUUGAAUGCAUGAUUUUGUUAUGCUUUUCACAUUCCAAACUAAUGUAUUUAUAUUUGUAUCAUUACUAUUAUACGCUCUAUUUUAACGUGACAUAAUGCACUUUACUUUGUGUUUAUGAAAGGGGAUUUUUUUACCCUUUUCAUAUCAAGGAUCUGUUACGUUUUUAUUAUUCACGUGAAAUAUCUUCUAUUAUUACAGUUAAACCUACAUGGCUGAAAAAUUAUAAAUAGGCUAGCUUUUUAUUUUUUGCGUAUCCGGUUUAUAUAAUAAAGGAAGUAUUUAUAAGCUAAGCUUUUUAUCUGUGAAGGUAUAGGAUAACUUUAAAGCACAUUUUAACACUGCAGAAUCAAAUGUCCAAGCUCGUCCGUUUAUAGCACACGUAGGCAGCAUUCGACUUCCAUCUAUGACCAAACUUAUUAAAGACACAUGCGCAACUAACUAGCGGUAAUAAAGGAGGUUUAAUACGAAUAUUAUCUUACACGCAUUGAGAUAUUAUUGAAAUCCUAGCACAAUUCUUUUUUAUUAUUAUUGAGUGAAGUUUAGCGUCCUUGACAUUGCUUGGUUUAUCGUGGAAAAUCUCCACUAGACGUCUGCGUGAAUCAUCACCAGGGAUUGAUUUGUGAUUUGUAAGUCGACUAGCUCUUGUUACUAUAGUUUUAUUUCAGAAAAUCACGAGAAAUGAAUUGGAAAAUGAUUUGAAAUAAAUAAUAAGUCUCAUACGUUAAUAAAAUGUAUUUAUUAGAAAAACAUUUUAUUCCUUUAUUUUUCAGUAAUACGGCUCUCUGUACUAUCGCUCAAUAUUUCAAUGCGAUUUUCUAAAGCGUUUAGCUUAAUAGAUAUAAGCAGACUCUAGGAGAAAAAUGUAUUGUUCACUGCAGUAGCUACCGAAAUAAUCGAUUCAACCGGAAUAGAUCUGCAAUUUUUAUAUUUUCGCCUUAUUUGGGCAAUUUAUUAUAGAUCCUUUACAUUGUUUAAAUGUAUAAGUUUUUGUUUUGUUUUAAAGUUAUUUUUUUUAAAUGAUUCUAUAGUCAUAUUAACAUUGUAUGCCUGUAGGCAAUGACAUUGCACUACUCAUUUAGUUUUUGUGAAAUCAGCAUCCAGUGAAUCACAUAAGGAUCUCCAACAAAGUCACAGUUAACAAGUUCAAUAAGUACGAUAUAUAUAUAUAGCCUUAGAUUCAUGCUGACAACUAUAACUCUACACUAAUCCUACUCAAUGAUAAAAUCUAUUUUAUAGGUAUAUAAAUAUAGACAAAGUUAAUAAUCUAGGUGUUUUCAAGUCUUUUAAUGACCAGCUUUUGAUCGAAUAAAACAUUGAUCAUCGUUAUCUGUCCUUUGACUCUAGACAUAGGUGUGCUUUCACAGUUCGCGUAAUCAAAUUCUUCCACUUUUCCGGAUCAACAACUGUAAUUAGCAGGAUAUCUAGAUCCAGGCCGAUCCAUUCUUUUAUAUCGUCCAGCUAGUUGUUUUUUUAUAGACGAUCCCAUCUUUGUGCUCCCUUCUCUAUACCUUGAAGGAUGACUCUUUACAGGGAGUCAUGUCUUAAAAAUUACAAACCCAGCUCAGCUUUCGACUUUUGACAGUUUUGAGGUGUUCUUCCUUUUUGCAAGCUAGAGUGUUGACUUGUUAUAGUGCAAACUUAUUUGUCUUCUUUUCCUGCUAUCUGAUACUAGUCAAAUAUUUUGUUUUGUUUUAUUUACGCUCAUAUAAAAUCAGGUCAUAAAAUUCUAAUCUAGAUCUAAUUGCGUCAUUGGCCUGUUUGGCACAAUGAAAAGGUCGGUAACCGGCCAAGUCCUCUGUAUUGAUAUAGAUUUAAAUAAUUGUACAAAUAGCGAUCUGUCUCACAAGUAUUAUUUGAAUAGCAUGAAAGUAUUUAGUGUACAUGUAUAUAUAAAUUAGUUCGUUGUGUGCAUUCAUUUGUGUCGUGCUAAGUUGAAAUAAAAAGAGAUAUCUGUCG